CGUCCCUCAGGCGCCGCCAUGCUGCGGGCGCUGAGGCGCUGCUGCCCGGGCUCCGUCCCGCUCCCGGGGCUGCCGGCCGCUCUGGGCCCCGGCCCCUUCCCGGCCCUCUGCCCCGCCUGGGCCCCGCGGGCGGUGCCGGCGCGGGGCCGCAAGACCCGGCACGACCCCCCCGCCAAGUCCAAGGCGGGCCGGGUGAAGCUGCCGCCGCCCGUGGACCCCGAGGAGCUGCUGGUGGUGCUGGAGCGGUACCGGCAGCACCGGCUGGUGCUCAGCGCCCUCCGCCCCGGGCAGGAGCUCAGGGCCCUCCCCCGGCCCUGCAGGGCGGAGUUCAGGGCCGAGGUGCUGCAGAAGAAGAGGGAGGAGCGCCUGGUUGCCGGGGGCUCGCCGGAGGAGCUGGAGGAGCACCGGCGGCUGAUGGCCUGGAACGAGGAGGAGAACGGCCGGCAGAGGGCCCGCAGAGAGGAGAGACUCAGGAAAGAAGAGGAGGAGCAGAAGAGGAGGAAAUCAGAGAUUGCAGAGAAACAGGCCAAGAAAAUGGAAGCUUUCCUGGAGGAGAAGGAGAAGGAGGUUCUCCAGCUGCAGGAGGAAGCCAAAAACUUCAUCACCCCCGAGAACCUGGAGGCUCGGAUCGAGGAGUGCCUGGACAACCCCCGGAAUUACAACUUUGCCAUCGACAAGGACGGGCGCAUCGUCAAGCGCACGGUGCUCUCCUAGCAGCCCUGGCUGAGCCCCUCAGAAAACACACACAUCCUUCUUUGGAAUGUAUAAAUUGGCCUCAGAAGUGGUGGAGAAGGGCUCUGGCUGUGCCGCCUCCAAAGGGUUAACGCCUGCAGGAGAGGGGGUGAGGGAAACUUGGAGGCUCCAGCAGCCUGGCUCAGCCCCUGUUGCUGUGCCUGUGAUCCCACCUCCCACGUGUUUGGAUCCCUGCUGCCUUCACACACAGCAUGUGGGGAGGAGCAGGAGCAGUCCCAAGGCAGAGCCUGGCUCAGCUCCUCGCUGUCAGCUCCUCUGGCUGCUUCCAAAGGCAAAGGAGGGCUGAAUGAAUUUGUAGGAAACUCUGACCUUCCCUUUUUUUGUUGUUGGGGGAAGGAAUUAAUUGUAAUCCUGAUUUCACUCUUCAAACCCUCUACACAUCCCUUGGUGUGGCUGAAUAAGAAAAUGUGUCUGAAUGAUCCAGG